AUGGUGAUUGCAAAAAACCUUGUAACUGAAGCUAUUUUAUGUAGUGAGUUGGGAUCAAUGGCUAGUAAUGCUCUUGUUGAUAAAGCAUUGGGUGUUUUGGAAGGUUCAUUUGGCUUGGGAUCUUGGUUUUUGAGCAGGGACUUGAAUCUUAAGUAA